GAUAAAUUGUGUGGAUUUUGGGGCAAACACCAGAAAUUUGAGUAUACAUUUGCACUCUCGUAAGUUUGUGAGGUACUCUACUUGUGGUGGGAGAGAAAUUUGAGUAUCAAAUUCACCCGGCAAAUUCUCAAAAAGAGUGUGAUCCGUGUGUCUGUAUUUGUUCAGACACACUAAAAUCUGUUCAGUUUCUUAUCUUCCAACUUCCAUGGCUUUUUCUAUGAAUCUGCACGCUCCGCUCUCGUUUUAUUCGCCGUCAUUUCCACCUGCCUCUCCCUUCUUAGCUUCUAUAGGAGUUUUCCCAGGAAACAAUCUCCGGAAUGGGAAGACACACCUGCGAACUUGUAGAGCCAUGGUUCAGCAGACUGUUCAAGGCGGAGCAUCAGCUGCUUUUGCUAAAGAGAUGGAAAGGCUUUCUGCUAAGGAGUCUUUGCUUCUUGCUUUCAAAGAUGCUGGAGGAUUUGAGGCACUAGUAACAGGAAAAAUUAGGGAUAUGCAGCGGAUUGAUGUCAAUGAGAGGAUAAUUGGACUCGAGCGACUCAAUCCCACCCCUCGCCCAACAACGUCUCCCGUUUUGGAAGGUAGAUGGAAUAUCAAGUGGUUUGGUUCUGGAAGCCCUGCUGCUAAUGUCGUGCUUGAGAGGUUCCCUCCAUCAUUGGCAAAUUUAUCAAGGUUGGAUGUCCUGAUCAAAGAUAGCUAUGCAAAUAUUACUGCUAACCUGAAAUUGCUUAACUCGAUUGAGAGCAAUUUUAUACUCUCUGCCAAGUUAUCUGUUGAAGGCCCACUGAGAAUGAAAGAAGAAUAUGUUGAAGGGAUACUUGAGUCACCAAAGGUCAAUGAAGAAACUGUACCUCAAGUACUAAGAGGUGUUUUUGGACAGGCGAUGAGCAGUGUGCAGCAACUUCCUGUUCCUGUUCCUGUUAGAGACGCAGUGUCCAGUGGGUUAAAAAUUCCACUUGGUAAAUAUCGAAGUGCAUAUGGUGGGAGCUUUCAAAGAUUAUUUAUUAUCUCCUAUCUUGAUGAAGAUAUUCUGAUUAUUAGAGAUAGCAGUGGAUUACCUGAAGUCCUUACAAGAUCUGAUUCAGUC